AUGUCUUCCGAUCCGGUUAUACUGGAUGUCCUCGCGUCCAUUUGCAAAGAUGCGUUGCAGAUGUUCGAGCGCAUCGUCAUUGUUUUCGAUGACAAGGAAGAGCGCCGGGCAAAUAUCUGCAUAUCGAAGCAUUUCAUCUAUUUUGUGAACCGGGAGAUGAGCAAGCUGAUAGAAGGUCGGGAAAGAAUAUCCUACUUGGACAUCACCCGCGCAGUUGUCGACAGCUCCACCAAUCGCUACUUCUUGUUAGAGCUGCGUCCGGGAGCUAGCUGGAGUGGCACGAGGAUCCUGGUGCAAAGCACCCACCGUGAGCUUCUUCUCCAGAAGAUUGCUCUUUGCUGGCAGGCAGAAGUGAUGUACCGCUUGUUCGACGUCAGGAAGUUUGAGAUGGUGAAAGCUGCCCUGGGCGAACAACUGGCAGCUGUGAAGAACAUGAUGGCAAAGCAAAAUGACUUGAUCAAGAUUGAACCCUUCCGGGGCUACGAAGACAGCUUCAGCUACCGUGGCUAUAGUUUUUGGCUGCGGAAGGGCUUUGCGAGCGUGUCUGGCCUCAAAGACGGAGUUUUUCAGAACGACCAGGGCUGGGAGGUGACCUACAAGGCACAACCAGUCUCCGUGCCUCCUGGUGUCCGAGUCAUGGUUCAAGUCGACAAUGAACAGUUGAUCAUGGACCUCGAGAAGUCCCGUGAUGGCAUGGAGGACCUUCGUACCGUGGCCAUGGAAUAUCAGCGAAGUCUUACCGAAAACUUGGAUCAGUUUUAUGUUGUCGUGUCAGGGCAGUACCUCAAGAAGAUGAACCGAACGGAUGAUAUCGCCUCCUGGGAUGGCUGGGAGUUUUUCGUUCGCUCCAAGGAGUAUUGCUUUGCCUGCGUUCUUUUCAGAAGACAGUACAUUCCACCGCUUUUCAGCACAUGCCAGGACGGUUUUGCCUGUACUUGUAGCACAGAUACGUUAAAGGGGGUAUAA